ACGGCAAAAAUGAAGCCUCUGGGGGGAAACAAAAAUGGUGGGAGGCCUUUUUUCAAUUUUUCUACCGAACGGGUAAUCAGCGAUAACUGCGCAGCUCUGCGCUGAAUAGAAGCGGUAAAAUAACUCGCCAUGCUAAACUCCGAAAGGAAAGCUGUCCCACAUUUUUUUAAAACGAAAAAAAGCAGCUCUUGUGAAUGUUUUGACGCCCCAGAAGAAUAUUCCCCAGUCGAUCCGGUCACCUCUCGGAAGGAAGAAGCCCCCCCAAAACGUUACUCACAUGUGCCCUUUGCCUAUGUGGCGCUUGACUGGCCAGAAAAAUUUACAUCCCUGUAAGGCAAGCAUAUAACACUACCUAUGCGGGAUACACUGUAGGAGUAGCUCUGAAAAAUUAUCCCCCCGCUGGGUGCCGCUGCAGGUAGGAGGCCUUCGCCCUCGAAGGGGAGCGCGUCACCCGCUUGUGCGAAGUGGCCCUGAGCAUUGAGCUCCCGCCAUCGCCUCGUUAGCAUCGUUAGCGGCAUCGUUAGCGGCAUCGUUAGCGGCAUCAUCACCGCCAACAGCACAACCGCUUUGCCAAACUCGCCUGGGAUUGCCCUGCACCCCCCCUCGCAUGAACGCACGACUCCCCAAACGGAUAGCCGCGUACCACCAACCCAGGAGAUACUUACACCACACGUUGAGCAAAAUGGAAGGAAAAAACAUAAAAGAAAAUUUGAAGAGCAUGAAGGAUGCGUAUGACCCGAAGGAGGUCGAGUCCAAGUGGUACUCCUUCUGGGAGCAAAAUGAUUAUUUCAAACCGAAAAAGGAGUUGCUAGCAAAUAAGGGGCAGAGUGACAAGUUUGUAAUUGUGUUACCCCCACCCAACGUCACAGGGACGUUACACAUUGGCCACACGUUAACCAUCGCCAUUCAGGAUUCCCUAGUUAGAUACAAGAGGAUGAAAAAUUUGUUAACACUGUACGUGCCUGGGACGGACCACGCAGGGAUAGCCACGCAAACCGUUGUGGAAAAAAUGCUUUUUAAAAAGGAGCAAAAGAUAAGACAAGACUAUGGAAGAGAGGAAUUUGUGAAAAGGAUUCACGAAUGGAAGGAUCUGCAUGGAAAUAAAAUUAACAACCAAAUUAGGAGAAUCGGUGCAUCCGUUGAUUGGUCCAGGGAGUACUUCACCAUGAACGAGAGUUUGUCAGCAGCUGUGAAGGAGGCGUUUAUUAAAUUUUAUGAAAGCGGAUUGAUUUAUAGAGACAACCGACUGGUUGCCUGGUGCCCACAUUUGAAGACUGCCCUCUCAGAUAUUGAGGUAGACCUGGAGGAAAUAAAAAAACCAACAAAAAUUAAAAUCCCCUCAUUUCAUCACUUGGUGGAAGUUGGCGUGUUAUAUAAAUUUUUCUACCAAAUUAAGGACAGCGAGGAAAAAAUUGAAGUGGCAACCACACGGAUAGAAACCAUGUUGGGAGAUGUCGCCGUGGCUGUACACCCAAAUGAUAAGAGGUACGCCCACUUAGUAGGAAAAGAAAUUUUACACCCCUUUAUCCCCGACCGAAAAGUGAUCAUCAUUGCGGAUUCCUAUGUAGAUAUGGAAUACGGUACAGGAGCUGUGAAGAUUACGCCAGCGCAUGACAAGAAUGACUACGAAAUGAUGAAGAGGCAUAAUUUAAAGGCUAUAAAUAUUUUUACCCUUGAUGGACGUAUUAACAGAAAUGGAGGGAAAUUAUUUGAAGGGCUCCACCGAUUUGAGUGUAGGUUUAAAAUUCAGGAAGAAUUAAAAAAGUUAAAUCUUCUUUCGGAUAAGGUUCCCAACGCGAUGUCUCUUCCGCUUUGCUCCCGAACGAAUGACAUCAUCGAGUACAUGCUCAUACCACAGUGGUAUGUAAACUGUAGUGAGUUGGGCAAGCAAGCCAUCAACUGCGUGAAGGAGAAGAAACUCACGAUUAUUCCCUCCCACCAUGUGAACACCUGGUUUUACUGGCUGGAAAACGUUCGCGAUUGGUGCAUAUCGAGGCAGCUGUGGUGGGGGCAUCGAAUUCCGGCCUACAAAAUUGUCAAAAAGAGCGGGGAGCCAAUCGGCGCUGCACACGAAAGUGGGGACAACUCCAAUCAGCCGGAAGAGGCAGACCCCACUUCGCAGCAAGGAGAGGAAACGUGGGUCGUCGGCAGAUCCUACGAAGAGUGCAUGGAGAAGGCCAAACAGAUGGUGCUCCCAAAUGAACACUUUCAGUUGGUGCAAGAUGAAGACGUACUAGACACGUGGUUUUCUUCCGCCCUUGUUCCAUUCAGUUCUUUAGGGUGGCCAGAAAAAACAGAAGAUCUGGAGCACUUCUUCCCAAACAGCAUUUUAGAGACGGGGCAGGAUAUUCUCUUCUUCUGGGUAGCUAGAAUGGUAAUGGUUUCGCUCCACCUAAUGAAGACCCUCCCUUUUAACACCAUCUACCUGCAUGCCAUGAUUAGGGACUCCAAAGGAGAGAAGAUGAGCAAAAGUAAAGGUAAUGUCGUGGACCCCCUGGACAUCAUCGAUGGAAUUAGCCUUAGCGGGCUAAAUCAAAAACUGUAUGAAGGGAAUUUACCAGAGAAAGAAAUCAAAAGAGCAUUAGAAUUGCAGAAAAAGGAGUUCCCCAAGGGAAUCCCAGAAUGUGGAACAGAUGCUCUAAGAUUUGGUCUCCUAACAUAUCUGAAGCAGGGUAGAAAUGUUAACCUAGACAUUAAUAGAAUAAUUGGGUACAGACACUUUUGCAAUAAACUGUGGAAUGCUGUUAAGUUCUUUUUGAAAACUUUGCCAGAUAGCUACGACAACUGUAACGUCCUCCUUUCACAACCGGACUGUGUACAGUCGUUGCAGUGGGAGGAUAAAUGGAUUCUCCACCGGUUAAAUGUUUAUAUAAAAAAUGCCAAUGAAAGCUUCGAUACGUUUAACUUUUCCGAGGCAGCCUUUUCUGCGUAUAACUUUUGGCUGUACGAUUUGUGCGAUGUGUACUUGGAGCUUAUCAAGGCCCGCCUCAAUGUGGAGCCCCCCGAAGCAGUCAAGGAGGAGGAAGCGCCUACUGAGGGGAAAAGGGAAGACGCGGCAGCGGGGGGGAGCCCAAUCCAGGAGAGCACCACCAUCGGUGGGGGACACCUCCUCACCGGUUCAACGGCACUCCAUGCUAACAAAACACUGCACGCGUGCCUGGAUUAUGGGCUGAGACUGCUGCACCCCAUUUCGCCCUUCAUAACGGAAGAGCUCUACCAUAAAAUCGCAGCGGAGGGACACAAAUUUGGGUCCAUUUCUGUGGCGCCCUACCCAGAGUACAUACCAUCUUGGAACGAUGAAAAAAUUAACUCCGAAAUGAACAAAUUUAUGAGCAUUGUUAAGCAGUUCAGGUCGUUCAUUUCAAAUUUGGAAAUUCCUCCCAAGACGAAACUCAACUGCUACAUUGCUGCGAAGAAUGAGGAAGACGAAUGUUUUAUCUUAAAGGUGAAGAAUAAAAUACAGACGUUGGCCAAAUUGGCUACCCUUACUGUUAUCAAGUACAACGUGGAGGAGCUUUCCGAUGAUGUCAAAGCUGAAAUAAAAAAAUGCUUGAAGGAUAUUGUUGCCAACCAGUUUAUUAUUUACGUGCAGUCCAGUGAGGAGUACCUCAAGCCGCUGCUGACCAAUAUGCAGAGCAAAAAUAAAAAACUCCAAAGUUCGCUAGACGCCUAUUUGAAAAAAACCAAUGAUCCGAAUUAUGAGCAAAAAGUGCCUGAACAGGUCAGAAAUUUGUACGCGGAAAAGAUGGAGGAGCUCAACGCGCAAAUUUUGGCCGUGUCAAACAUCAUUUCGGAGAUUAACGAGUGCUUAAAAAAUGCCUAAUUCGGCGUAACGAAAAAAGGGGAAAAAAGGGGAAAUUUCGCGUAAAAGGGUCAACUAGGGGAGUACCCCUUUGGG